AUGUCAGACACUUCAACACCAGCUACCACUUCCAAUGAGAUCGAAGAAAAACAAGCUCCCACUUUAGCCGAGGGAAAAGACUUGCAAUUUGACGAAGACGAUCACAAAAUCCUCCAUGAUGAGAAGAUUACCAAUCGAGAUUUCUUAAGUAGACUGAGGAAAAACUUCAUAGCUAUGGAGGUCAAGGAGAAAAAAAUGAGGUCAUUUUCCUCGUAUCGCAGUUUGAAAGAAAUGCUGGAAAAUAUGGUAUGGAAUCCCGAAGGCAUAGACAUAAUUCCAUUAUUCGAACUGCUGAUCUCAGAAAUUCAGGAUGACGAUGUAUAUUUUGAAGAAUGUAUCACGGAAAUUAACAAAAGGUUAAGAGACUACGGGACUUUAUAUCCGGAUAGUUUGGAAGCCAUGCAUAAUGACUAUGUUGUUGCAAUACUCCAUACUGCACUUCAUAUCGUCAGGGAUGAUACAAAAAGAGAAUUUAGCAUGAGGCCACAGCAAGAAAUUAUCAGUGAAGAAAUUUCAGGUCCUGGUGAAAUUGCACAGGCAAGUGAAUUAGCCUAUACGAUCGAAUUUAACAAAAAAUCCUUGAAUAAGAACUCGGAAGAAUGUCAGGCUUUGU